CAGGCUGACAGUAAUGGAACUGGUGCUGUUGGUGCCAUGGAAGCAGCUAAUUUUAUGAAGAAGUCUGGACUUAAAGAAAAAACACUCUCACAGAUUUGGGAUCUGGCAGACCCCGCAGGAAAGGGUUACCUGGACAAGCAUGCAUUUUUUGUGGCCUUAAAGUUCAUUGCCAUGGCUCAGAAUGGAUUAGAAGUCUCUAUGGCCAACAUAGGUGCUCAUACGCCACCCCCCAAAAUGGGAGAACCAGCAAGUCCUGCCAUGCAGCCUUUAGGUGCAGCUCCAGCAGACUGGGCUAUUAAGGUAUGCACUUGGGUCUCAAAAAGUCUAAACUCUGGGGUUUACCAUGAACAAUAA